AUGAAUUCAACUAGAGAAGAGCGUCUAAUAAGGGAUUCUAUAGCCGUGAAGUCUUUGGCAAAGAAUGCAACACAGCCUUCGCAUCUAUCGUUAUUUCAUCGCAUUUAUAAAAUAUUCACAACCUCCUACACACUAUCGCGACAUCUUCCGUCAAUUCUUCUCAACGAAUUCACAACAAAACGCAAUUUUAACACACUGAUAACAGGCGAUCUGCGAAGCCUUAUGAGAUAUUAUGAAAUUGAACGAUUUUCAGUGGGAUUUGUGAAACGCAUCAUUGAAAUGGCUUUAGCGGAAGUGUUAUGCAUUAAACAACGAUAUAAUUCAUAUCGAUUUUAUCAUGUUUUUAAGGAAGAUGAACUGAAAGCUCUGAUAACAAUGACACCAUCAUUGCGGCUAGUACAUUUAGCUUACGAACAUGCAAACUGGUGGGCAAUUGCCGAAAAAGCUGAUUCCUUCUCGUAA